AUGAUGAACCUGCACACUGGAGGAGCAGCUACUACCGUGGUGAUGAAGGGAUAUAAUAACGGUCGCUAUCCUCGGAAUUCUCUCUACAGUGACUGCAUUAUAGAAGAAAAGGCAGUGGUCCUGCAGAAAAAAGACAAUGAAGGAUUUGGGUUUGUGCUCAGAGGGGCCAAAGCUGAUACACCAAUUGAAGAAUUCACACCAACGCCAGCCUUCCCUGCUUUACAGUACCUGGAAUCAGUUGAUGAAGGAGGAGUAGCAUGGCAAGCUGGCUUGAGAACAGGAGACUUUUUGAUAGAGGUUAAUAAUGAAAAUGUAGUCAAGGUCGGCCACAGGCAGGUGGUGAACAUGAUCCGACAAGGAGGCAAUCACUUAGUCCUUAAAGUUGUCACUGUAACCAGAAAUCUAGAUCCAGACGACACAGCCAGAAAGAAAGCCCCACCACCUCCAAAACGGGCUCCAACCACUGCACUGACCUUGCGGUCUAAGUCAAUGACCUCAGAGCUUGAAGAGCUUGUGGAUAAAGAUAAAGCUGAUGAAAUAGUGCCAGUUUCCAAGCCAUCAAGAAUUCCAGAAAAUGCAGUUGUGGACUCCAGAGUGGCAACAAUUAAACAACGACCUUCUAGUAGAUGUUUUCCCUCAGCGACCGAUAUGAAUUCCAUGUAUGAAAGACAAGGGAUUGCUGUGAUGCCACCAACAGUACCUGGAAGUCUUCAAGGCCCAUUUCUGGGUGUGCCACGAGGUACAGUAAGAAGACAAAAAUCAAUAGGGGUAACAGAAGAAGAGCGGCAAUUUUUGGCUCCUCCCAUGCUCAAAUUUACUAGAAGUCUAUCAAUGCCAGAUACUUCAGAAGAUAUUCCCCCUCCACCACAGUCUUUACCUCCAUCACCACCACCUCCUUCUCCUUCUCUUUACAACUCUCCCAAAUCUCCAGUAUCUAGAAUGUAUGGCACAAUUAAGCCUGCUUUUAAUCAGAAUCCAGGUUCAAAGAUAGCUGUUUCAGGUAGGUCUGAAAACAUGGGGACUGUGAUCAGAGACAAAGGCAUAUAUUACCGGAGAGAAAUGGACCGUUAUUCUCUAGAUUCUGAGGACUUAUACAGCAGAAAUGCCGCAACUCAGGCCAACUUCAGAAACAAGAGAGGUCAGAUGCCAGAGAAUCCUUACUCGGAAGUUGGAAAAAUAGCCAGCAAAGUGAUGUAUGUUCCAGCCAAGCCAGCCCGACGGAAGGGAAUGCUAGUGAAACAGUCUAACGUUGAGGACAGUCCAGAAAAAACUUGCUCCAUUCCUAUUCCAACCAUUAUUGUGAAAGAGCCAUCUACCAGCAGCAGUGGGAAAAGCAGUCAAGGAAGCAGCAUGGAAAUCGACCCCCAGUCUUCAGAGCAACCAGGACAGCUGCGACCCGAAGACAACUUGACCGUCAGUAGCCCCUUUGCAGCUGCCAUUGCUGGAGCAGUGAGGGAUAGGGAGAAAAGAUUAGAAGCCAGGCGCAAUUCUCCAGCUUUCCUUUCCACAGAUUUGGGAGAUGAGGAUGUUGGAUUAACCCCUCCAACUCCACGUAUGAGACAGUCUAAAUUCAGCGAUGAGGGGCUCUUUGGUAAUGAAGAGGGCUUCAGGCAGCUUGUAUCGCCAUCUCCUAUCCCAGCACCUAGAGAGACCGAAAAUAUUUUCAAUGGCAGCGAAUCAAAUAACCAAAACGACACAAGGACACCAAACUCUUCAGUCCAAACCACAGUGAGUUCUGAAAACAGUGCAUUGACAACCCCAAAUACUGGUUUAGAUAAUUAUGUUCAUCCCCUGACAGGGAAAAUACUAGAUCCCAAUUCCCCUUUAGCCCUUGCCCUCUCUGCCAGGGACAGAGCCAUGAAAGAGCAAAGCCAACCAAUUCCAGGGAAAGGAGACUCCAGCAAAGCAGAUCUUAACAAACCCCUUUACAUCGAUACAAAGAUGAAGCCCAGCGCUGAAGCUCCAUUCCCAGCAACAGCUACCAUUGCUAGGCAAAAUACCCGUGGCCCACUAAGGCGCCAGGAGACGGAGAAUAAAUAUGAGACGGAUGCAGCAAAAGAACGGAGGUCGGAAGAGAAAAAGAACAUGCUAAUAAAUAUUGUGGAUACCUCGCAACAAAAGUCAGCCGGUCUGCUUAUGGUUCAUACGGUGGACACAGCACAAGCCAGCGAUAACCCUGAAAAAGAAGAGAAAAAUGCUGAGAUUGAGGCGAAUGUUGAAAAGCCUCCAUCGGAGAUGCAGGAACAGACCGAAGCAGAAGAAAGUGGAUUGGAUGACCCUGGCCUGCUUCCGCCACCGUCCCCGUCCUGCAAAACAAUUGUAGCCGUUAGCUCCAUCGAUGAUCCGAUCAUUUUACCAUUUCGUAUUCCUCCUCCCCCUUUAGCUUCAGUUGAUCUUGAUGAAGACUUUAUCUUUACUGAGCCAUUACCCCCUCCUUUAGAGUUUGCUAACAGUUUUGAUAUUCCUGAUGACAACUCAGUCCCAGCCUCUGUCUCGGCCCUAACAGACUUGGUCAAACAGAGAAAAAAUGGAACUCCGCCUCCUUCAUUUAACCCUAUCCAGCCCUCAGAUUCAUUAGAUGGUAAGAAAUCAGGGGGUCUUUCAAACUGUUUGCCUCCCUCGUUUUUGCCACCCCCUGAAAACUUUGAUAAUGUCCCUGACUCUGGGAUUGAAGAGGUGGACAGUCGAAGUAGUAGUGACCAUCAACUAGAGACAACCAGCACUAUCUCAACUGUGUCCAGCAUCUCUACCUUGUCCUCUGAAGGUGGUGAGAACUUGGAUACUUGUACAGUCUAUGCAGAUGGGCAAACAUUUCUGGUGGACAAACCCCCAGUACCUCCUAAGCCAAAAAUGAAGCCCAUAAUCCACAAAAGCAAUGCACUUUAUAAAGACACGCUCAUUGAAGAAACUGUGGAUAGUUUUGUUAUUCCUCCUCCAGCCCCGCCUCCUCCUCCAAUCAGCACACAGCCCAGUAUGGCUACAGUUGUACAGCAAAGGACCUCUAAGCUCUGGGGCGAUAUCACAGAAAUUAAAAGCCCAGCUCUCUCAGGCCCAAAGGCAAAUGUUAUUAGUGAACUGAACUCAAUACUGCAGCAAAUGAACAGAGAAAAAUCCUCAAAGCCAGGAGAAGGAUUGGAGUCCCCGCCAGGGACAAAAGUUGCCAGUCUCAGUACAAGGAGCACAGAGGUCAUGAGCACAGUCUCAGGUACUCGGAGUUCAACCAUCACUUUUACCGUUCGGCCUGGAACUAGCCAGCCCAUCACACUUCAGAGCAGAGUUCCAGACUAUGAUAGCAGGACAUCAGGAGCCAGACAUGCUCCAAGCCCAGUAGUUUCACCAACAGAGAUAAGUAAAGACAUCCUGCCUGCUCCUCUGACUGCUGCUAUUCCAGCUGCAUCUCCUUCUCCGACUCCUUCUGAUGUUUAUAGCCUACCCAGCCAGCCUCCUUCCGGAGACCUCUUUGCUUUGAAUACAGGGCGCAGCAGAUCUCCUUCUCCCUCAAUAUUGCAACAGCCAAUCUCAAAUAAGCCUUUUACAACUAAACCUGUCCACCUGUGGACUAAACCAGAUGUGGCAGAUUGGUUGGAAAGUUUAAACUUAGGUGAACAUAAAGAGACCUUUAUGGAUAAUGAAAUAGAUGGCACUCACUUACCAAACCUUCAGAAGGAAGAUUUGAUAGACCUUGGAGUGACUAGGGUUGGUCACAGAAUGAACAUAGAAAGAGCCUUGAAACAACUAUUGGACAGAUAAGAAUGGUUGGUCUUGCCUCACAAACCUUUGUUAUAAAUAGAGAUAGGCUGGUAUCAAAACACCCCAAAUGCCUUGGCUCCCCAAAAGUAGCACCAAAUUAAAAAGCAUCCAUUAGAUUGAAAACGUAUGUCCAAAAUCAAUUCCAUGUCAAUCCACAUUAAUGGGACCAAAUAUUUUAAGAAUGGAUGGGGCAAAUAAGAGAGAAGAAUGGAAACAAUUGUGAACUUAAAAAAAACCCCAAAUUUGUAAGCUCCGACCAUAUUGAUAUUAUCUCAGAAGUUUAUACUUUAAUUGCUGGUACACACUUAACUAAUAACUCCUUUUUCAAUCUAUGGAUUGGUUUUUCUGUUAGAAAUGCCCUUCUGCUUGAAAAGUAAUGUGUCACCUUUUUUUGAUUAAAACUCACAGAUAUUUCUCCAUGUACUAGAACAUGUUGUGUCCAGCUCUUUGCAAUCUGCUUUCAUAUGACUAAUAUUUCAUAUGAUUGUUGGACUCAGUCCCAUUGUUGUGGUCAGACAGUUUCUCCUUUCAGUUUUUCUAAACUGAUUCUUGGUUAGUUCUGCCACUUAAUUUUUCUGCUAACAUUCACUUUUUUCAUGAUAUAUUUACUGCUUUUUGAAAAUCUUCUAUACAUUCACAGCAUUGCCAGAAUUAAAAAGAAAUGUCAGAUGUUUUUGGCUAAUUAUGAUGUUGAUUUCUUUGGAAGUGAAAUUAGUUUCUGUCAUCCAGUGUAAUUCUGUUAUUUGACUUUCAAGAUUUUAUUUUUCCAUUUAUGUUUAGUGCCUUUCCAAAUUGCCGGAUAGUUAUUAGGCAUGUUUUUUUUUCCCAUUUAUAAUCCAGUAUAAUGUGUG